UCUUUCUUAAAAGGUGCAUGAAAAAUUGUCUUUUCAGUUUUCAAUUUCUUUUUACGCAUUUGUUAUUGUAGAUCAAUUGACAUUGAAACGAAAGAAGUUCAAUAUUUCUGGUUGCUACAACUCAGAGGCAAGCUUCUCAAAGCAACAAGUAAACAAUUUGUCUGUGGACGGAAACGAUGUUUUUAACAUGUUAAAAACUAUUUCCCCGCAACUAGAAGAACUGUCUUCAAGAGUUGGUAAUAUGGAAAAGAAGAUGGACAGCUCUUUGAAAGAAAAUAUAAUUCAUAAAAGCGAAGAAAUGGCCCAACAAAAGAUCGUCCACGAAUGUAAGGUGCUAAUUCGAAAAGUUCAUCAAUUAGUAUGCCGACUGACUGGCCAAGAAAUCGACAACACCCAAACAAAAAUUGCUUUCAUCCUACCCUUAACAACACUAUCUGCAGCUUUAAAAAUGGGUGAAAGACUAAAAUCCGAAGAAUUUGCUAAAGCAACGGUAAAGUUUAUUUUAAGGAUGAAAGGCAUUCCCGAAAGGGUGUGUGAUGUGUUGCGGCAUCUGCACACUGAUGAAUUCCUGAUUUUAUGUAAUUGGGACGGUAGGGGAGGCAAACAACCGCUAUCAAAAUCUCUAUUGUCCAACAUAUUAUAUGAUCCUUUCAUCACAUGUGGAUUUGCAAAUUUCGAACAACAAAUUCGGAAGUCCAUCAAAAAGAGCCACCAUAGAUAUAAGCAAAAAAAUAUAGGAAGCGAAAAGCUGAGGAAUCAUAAUAUUAUAAUUAUUUUUUCGAUAUAUAUGUAUAUAUAUAAUAAUUUAUUUAUAUAGAAAUAAUUUUUAAAUGAAAAAAAAAAUUAAUGUAAUGUACUAUAAAUCUAAAUAAAAUGAUUUUAUUAUUAUUAAAAUUAAUAAAAACAUUGUAAUAAAAAAGAUCUUUAUAA